GACAGUCCUCCUCAGAGAGCUCAGCAGAGGUGCAGCCAGUUGCAGAGGAGAGACGAGUCAAGAGUCAUUCAUUUGCAAUUCCACCUGUUGUCCAUGAGGAGGCGGCAGAGCUCAGAGGAAACAACACAACGGAUUCUUUCUCAUCAGCCAAAUCCAAAACUCCAACUAAACAUGAUCCAGUCAGCCUCUUUCACCACUUUGGCUCCAAACCCAACACCCAUCACCCGUCACUUUCCACCACAACAGAGUUCCUAAAUGAGGUUAAGCUGGGGAACUUGGAGGAAACUCCCAGUGAGGAAUCCGAUGCCCUGAGAGAAGCUUUCCAGAGCUUGGGAUUAGGGGAAGAUCUUCAUGAGAAAUGUGAACACCUGGAGGUUGCCCUGCAGCAAACACAGGCACAACUGGAGAUUAUGGCUCAGGAGAAUGCACAGCUAAAACUACAGCUCAGAAAGGAUGCAGAGCAACAACAGAGCGCAACUAUGCAGAGGUCAUCAAAAGAAAAGAUAAUCAUGCCAUCCACCUUUGAUGGAGCUGAUCCUCUCCCAUUGUCUCCUGCCAAAGAUGACCUCGUUCAAGCUCUGAAUCAGGAAAACCGAGCCUUGGCAGAAAGGAUCCAGGAGCUGAUGGCUCACAUUGAACUCAGAGAGGAGGAGAUCAUAAAGGAGCACAAACAGCUGAGGGAGCAUAUUUUCAGGCUGGAGGAGGAUUGUGACAGGCUGGAGCAGGAGAACCAAGAGCAAGCAAGUUUGAUCUCCGAACUCACCAAGAAGACAGAGGACGACCUGAACACCAUCAUGGAGCUGCAGCAAAAGUUGGUUGAGAGUAAAGAGGAGUUGCAGCAGGGUCGAGUUCAGCUGGGAAGUGAGCGCCAUGUUGGAAAAUCAGGACGUAAUUCACAGAACAACCAAGGUGAAAACACUCUAAAAGGAGACAAAGAAGCGCUGUCGAUGUUCAGGCCGAAAACAGACAGUUUGACCACAGCCCCUUCCUUCGGACAUCAGUGCAACAAUCAGCUUGAGGUAUUACAAAACAUCUCACACAACAACCUGCCUUUUAAUUCACUAACUGGCCCGGUGGCUCUGCUCACAAACUCACUCCAGAAACUCAGAACAGAAAAAGAAGAACUGAAUGCCAGCGUCGAUUCUCUCAGAGAGCAGCAAAAAGAAGUCACGCUGUCUGUUCAGAAACAGACAGAAGAAAAACAACAGUUAACRCGCGCAGUUUGGACCCUGAAAGAGCAGAAAGAUGGCGUUUUCCUGUCUCUGUCUCGCCUCAAACAAGAGCAAGAGCCGCUGAGCAGGACAGUCUGUGGGCUGAAGGAUGAGAGAGAUCAGCUUUUGAGGUGUAUUAGUGGCCUCAAAGAAACAAAAGAGCAGCUAACUGAAUCUUUAUCUGCCCUCCAAAGAGAUAAAGAGGCAAUAACAGAAUCACUCUCAAGUGGGAAAAAAGAGAGCGAUCGAAUCAUGCAAUCGGUGCAAGGUUUACAGACGGAGGAGGACCASUUAAGCCAAACAGUGCUUCGUUUGAAAGAACAGAGGGAUAAACUAACCAAUUCUCUCAAGAAUUUGACGGAACAAAUAGAUCGAAGGCAGUUAAGUCACACGGUAAAAGAAGACUACGAGCAGCUGGUACAGUCAGUUAGCAGUUUGAAAGAAGAAAAAGAAAAAGUUGAACAUUCAAUCAGCUGCUUGGGGCAAGAGGAAAAAGAAAUAAUGCAAAACAUCUUGGCUUUAAAAGAGGAAAGACACAACCUUCAGAUUAUCCCUGUGCAAACAGAAAAAGAGAUCAAUCACAAGCAGCUGGUGGAUCCACUCUGUGCUGACGAAUGYGAGACGAGUAAUCAGAGGGGCCGUUUUAUACAGAAGCAAAAUGACCUGAUGGUGGAGACUGAAGCUUUGGGAGCAGAGUUGAAGCAAAUACAAGAGGAAGUAGACAAGAGACAUGCAGAGACCAUGAGGCUGCAAAGCAAACUUUCUCAGUCAGAAGCUCGGUGUGACGAGGCAGAGAAAAAAGCAGCUCAAGSAGCCGAACAGGUGAUCAGACUGACAGAAUCUGUUCGUCAGAUGGAAGACAUCAGGAAGGAAAACGAGAGCCUUGAAUCCCAGAUAAACGAGCUGCAGAACAAACUGACUGUUCUGCUCCGGGAGAAAACUGCAGCUUUGUCUCUGAAGGYCCAAACAAAGGAACAAUACGACAUCCUCGCUGCCCAGCUCAAAGCUAAGAGCAAAGCUCUGGAGGAGCUGAACUCGGAGUACACCGCUCUGAAACGAGGACAGGCCAGYAGGGAUGAUCUGAACACCACCCUGGUCUCCCUCAGAGCUCGAUACGAUGACAUCAGAGCCAAGUAUGAUGGCCUUCUUAAAAGAAAAAGCCAAACAGAUCUGGAUAUUGCUCCCUUAAAGGCCAAGCUGUCCUGCCUGGUGCUGAAGUGUCAGGAAAGAAACUGCUUGUUAGUUGAGAUGAUGAAGUCUGUGCAGGCACAGAGCUGCCUGGACCCCAAACUUAUCCAACAAGUGAAGCAUCUGCUCAGAGACGCUGCUCUUCAGGAAUAUGCUGCAACAUUUACACCAGGAAGCUACACGCAGACUAGAAGCUGCUGUAAUGGGCUCACACAAGAUUUUUUCUCUGUAUUUCAAGACUACACCAACAGAUUCAUACCUGAUGAGACCUGCCCAGUCGUAUCGAUCUGUGUGAACAAACAACAAAACCGAGUCUCAUCUGAAUCCAAAACUCAACACGGUGAAAGUAAAAACCAUGUUUCAAUAAGGGCCAGUGAAACUUCAACACAUCCUGGAACUGGACCUGCAGCAGCUGAAACCCUUAAGAAAAACUCACCUGAGCUGAUAUCUCCUGUUCCAGACCCUUCAGAUGUCCAGAUGUCUCCUGUUGUCCCGCCGAAAGACAGUCUGAUCACCAAUACAUCGCUGCUGUCCUCUGGACCAGUCCAAGCAAAAAGUCGACCAGAAAAGUUAGGAUUUGAGCACCUGGACGUGAAACAAAAGUCCUCAUCAGGUCCGAGCAGUUCGAGUCCCUCCUCCUCCAGCACACAAGUCGGYCCGAGCCGAAAGUUAAGUAGUCCUGAGAAGAUUAUCAACCUGCAUGAACAACUGCAGAAGACUCUGAGCAGCUUUCAGGCACCAGAGAGCAGAGGAGGAGAGCAGGAGCCCAGGAGGAGUUGCUCAGACCUAAACGUGCCCGACAAAACUUUCAAUUUUCUUCACACCCACUCUCUUCCAGUAUUAACUAAACAUGUGCCAACAGAAACAACUAAAGCUGCCGUUUCUGACAAACCAACACUUUUUAAUGUGGUCGUGUCUCGAUCUGCUGAUGUCAAAUUAAGUCCCAGCAUGUUUACGAAGCAUCGUCUAAAAGCAGACGUCUGUAAAACACCAACCACUUUGAGCUCUCCUCAAUCUCCUCUUUUCACUCUGACUCCCAGCAAAGAUGAAUCGAUUUUAACUGGUGGCACUGAGCUCACAUUAAACCUGAACCAGGCAAAGAAAAUCACUGCUGUUCACAGCAGAGCUGAUGCUGCACAUGAAGUAUCUUCUCCUCUAAUUCCUUUCACAUCUGAUGUCUCUAAUUCAAAAAGCACUCUUUCAGAUAUAACUCCAACAAACAAACCAACUGACCCCCAGUUCAACAUUUGUAAUGUUACCUCUAAAAUGAACAGCGCUGCCUUCUCUCAUCAUAGCUUCAGAUCUUGCUCUCACUCUGCUCGUUCCUCCUCGAGAUCCAUGAAGCCCACCACAGAGUCCACUUCUCUGCUGGAGAAGAUUUCAAGACUCAAACCAGAGGCUCCAGCUGAGGUUUGCUCUCUUGAAGUGAUUAAAACAGUGGGUCAGAGCAGCCUCCUGAUUGGCUGGGAGAGGCCGCCCCUUGACGAGCUGGGCUGCAGUAAUGGCACGUUUGUGUACGGAUACAGAGUUUUGGUAAACGGGGAGUUUCACAAAUCUGUCAUGAGCUCAGCAUGCACCAAGUGUAUCCUGGAAAACAUCAACCUACGUGUCCCUGUCCACAUCAGUGUCCAGACUCUGGGCUCCAAUGGUCUCCGAUCAAACAGUGUCCAAACGUUUCACAGAACAGAGCAAAGCUGAUUCAGAGGUCAGAUUAAAACGACUCUCCCUGUGCAGUUCUCAGCUAUCUAUAGCUGCAGCCCCCCUGAGGGAGCGUCCUAACCUCCACCUCUGCUGGGACGUACAGUCACUGCAGGAAGAACCGCACCAUGUGAGACUCAGGCCAACCAAUCAGAAAAGCUCGUCUCACAUGGUUUUUACCCUGAUGGUGAACAUACAGCUGAACUCUAAACCUCUAAAUCAGCACCUGAAGAUGUCAAUCAAAAUACUCAGUUAUUUUCCUGCCUCUGCAAUCAAGUUCAAUCUACACAUAAAACUUUGUUUUUUUUUCCACUUUAGAGCAACUUUGUGUUUACCCUGCAGGACCUUUUUGAAGACAUUGCCCAUCAAACAAGCAGAGUUGCAUUUAAAACCACAGUUACUGACUAUAUUUAGCAAGACUUGACAAACUGGAGGGAUUUCUGUAUGUGCUGCACACCUUUACACUGUGUGAAACACCGAGGAUCUUGUGUCAUAUUUAUUUAUCAAAGAGCCUCACUGCUGCCUCUCUGGACAACAUGAACAAUCGACCCGUUAAAGCCUUUUGGACAGAAACACAUUCUGAAUAAUGUGCUGAAGAGACUUUAUACUCAGUGGUCAGCCUAUUUUAUUUUUUAUUUUUAUACAUGAAGCCAAAUAUGUGGAAAAAUUAUGUACUCCAAAGACUAAUUUCUCUCUUCUCAUAGGUCUGCAAGAUUUAUUUAAAUACACAUUUAAGUUAUAAAAUUUGCACACAAUAAUUAGAUA